GGAUGUUUGAAGUAGCUUUGCCUGUGACGUGGAACAUUCUGCGUCAACAUCUAGGGAGUGGCCACAGCUAAGAGGUGAGAGGCAUGCAAAGCAGGGGCAGGCAGGCAGGUUGUUGGCUUGGAUGACUGGAGGGAGAGCUCCUGUUUGAAGAGCUGGACUGCAGAGGAAAAGGAUGGACCCCAACACAGAAGGGGAGCCCAUCAGCGUUCUUGGCCUCAUCCUUGGCGUCAGUCUCUCCCUCUUGAUCCUUGGUGUCCUUAGCUAUACCAUUGCAAAGUGGUACCAGGAAGGACACUGCUGGAACAGGCCUAAUUUUGUCUUCAACCUUUACCAUAUCCGCAACCUGAAAUCGGUGGAGGUGGAACUGGCCCCUCCUUUCACCAUCAGUGGCUCCAUGCGUGAAGCAGGAAGUGGCUACGUGCGGUUCCACGACAGAGGCACCUAAGUCUGAGGAGCUGCCAACUCUGAAUCUGGUCUCAGUGACUCUCUUUCCCAGCAAGAUCUUGGAGCUCAGGCAACUGCUUCUCCAAGAAGUCUCCCAGGAGUCUUGGACCAGCUGGACAGCAGUAGCCAUUGGGCAUAUGGCUGCUUGGUCGUGGUGCUGCUCCACCCAGACUACCACUGUUGGUGCCAUCUUUUCACACCCUGCACAGCUCAAGGGUCUCGGCAAUGUGUGUGCGUAAAAUGGGAGAGAGUCUUUUCAGCUCUUCCUGGCUUUCUGUGAGAGGUUGCAGGACUUUUGACACAGUCCCUAAACAACCACUUAUAUGGAGCAGGGCUGGAGGACGUUGGAAUCUCUGGGUAGGUCUCAGGAGCUUGUGCAAGCAUCCAGAUGAAACCAGAAGUUUGCAGAAUAUCCCUCCGCUCUGUCAGAAGCUGCCAGGCAGCCUCUGGGUUCUGUGCAGCUGCCCCAUGUGGAGAGGCACAGAAGUGCAGGUUGCCAUGUGUUUAGUGGUAAAUGUACUGCCCUAGCUCUGCCUACCCAGGCUGCCCAUUGAACCUCCCUGGACAAGGAGAGGGUCGCCGUUUUGCCUUCCUAGGUAUUCUCUAGUUCUGACUCCAUCCUAGGAUUUCCACUUGCUGGCUCCUUGGUUCUGGCUCCUGGUUGCUGUUCAUCACCAGCUUGCUGGACCAACUCUUGGCUCCCAGCCCCUGCCCUCAGGAAAAAUGGGCCCCUGACUUGGAAGACGCCAAGCUGGUUGCCUCUCAGUGCUAAAAAGUUUCCUUCUUUGGGAAAAAGUUCUUUGCUGCUUUGGUCAGCCUUCGUCUCACCCCAUUCAAUGCUCAAAAUCAGGACACUCUCCCCUUCUGCGAAGUGUAUGAAUGGCAUGAAUUGGAGUAGCCACUAGCAGGGAUCUGACUCCUUUCUACCCCAGAUGGUGGAACCUACCAAGAAGUCCCUAUGCACCCUUGCUUGGCAUUGCCCCAUUGACCAGGUAGUAGCUCCAUGUCACAUUGCACUGAGGCCCCAUGAUUCAUGGUUUGGCAGAUCACCAGGGCAGACUAGAGAAAACUCUAUGAAGUGUCCUUGGGGCGAUGUCAGGCUAUGGUUUGCUUUUUCAAGGCCUUGGUUUAGAUCCUGGCAUCUCCCAUUAAUCCGUGCCUUGGACUGAAGAGCUGAGAAAGACCCUCCACCCAUAGAAGCUUGGGGAGCUUCUCCUGGGAAGAAACAAUAGUGCUGGGCAUUAUUUAUAGGGCUGGGGGUUUACAAGAAAAUGCCUGCUCGUACCUUCGUUGUUUUACUCAAAGAGCCACCCUAGGAAAAAUUCAACAGCUCCACCAAAAAAGCACAACUCCUGAGACCAAAAGACUUGAGUCUUGCUCUGCAGCUCCCUGGUGACCACUUCCUGAAACCUCCUUUGCAUAACAUGCAAACAGACUUCCUCCAACCGUCACACUGUGAGAUAAUUUGGGGAAUGCACAAGGCUGUGGAAUUUCUUCUUGGUCAUUUGUGAAGCAGCUCCCUGUUUAGAGGAAGUCCAGAACCUCUGAAGGAGAGCUGCAAUGUUGUGUGUGGGGAAUUUUCCAAGAAAUUGUAUCUGAAGGUUUUCCAGGCUUUCCAGAGAAACUAUCUGUCUUGCACAGCUCAGCUCCAGUCUGCUCCUCUGGGGAGCUAAGAAACCACAGACCCAUGAGGAGGUGAAGCUGCUGCAAUUCCUUUGACUUCCUCGUGCCCCCUAAAACUUUUCUGUUUAAGGAAGCCUCCUCAGACAUCUAAAAGUUCAUGUGUCUUUUAAUCUGUAAUUUUAGCUUAACGGAUGCUUUUAAUUAUAUUUUGGACUUUUUAAAAUAACUUGAACUUUUACUGACAAUUUACUGUAUCUUUUACAUUUUUUGUAAACUGCUUAGAGGCUUCACUUACAGUUAAGCGGCAUACAAAUUUUGUCAAAUUAAAAAAAUCAAAUGCACAAAUUAUUCGUAGUGGUGCAAAACGGAGUGUGAGAACAUAGCUAGGCUUUGAAAACAGUUGCCUGCUAUUGCUGUUAAUAGUCUCGCUUGCCAAAUACAGCUGUGUCUUAUUCUUUAGGGGUAGAUCAAGUUCAGAGCCAGCUGCAAAGCACAACUCCCCUGUGGCUCUCUGUCCAUGCUAGGGGAGGAGUUUCACUUCCUUGUUGCAUCAAAACAAACCCAAGGCUGCCCUUGUUGAUUUGGCUCAUAGGAUGGUUGGCAGGUACAGCUGCAGAUGGCCGUGGGCUGGACUGUGCCACUUCACAGAGCAGAGGGGUGCUCAACAGUUUGAAACGUUUCCUCUAAGUUUAAAAGCUCCUAGCAAUAGAAAAGAAGGUGCCAUCGCUAGGGCUGGGACAGACCUUUUCUUCCAGAUGUGCUGCCCACGCCUGCUGCAGUCUGAAGUGGUCUGCUGCAGACAUUCUGAUGUAUGUGCAGAGCAGUCACCUGAUCUUUCCACUUGGGGGCAAAAGCUUGCAUUUGCAAAUGUACCAAAAGGGAGGGUACAUUUAGCUUGUCAGGACAUCAGUGUGCUUGCAGUCCACUUGACAUCAGUAGGAAAAGGAACCGCCACCAGCUCUGGGAGCUGUGAAGUGCACAGAGCAAGACCAUUCGCCAGACCAGGAGCCUCUGCAUCUGACCAGCACCUGCCAGGUGAGGAGCUCUGCACAAGUGCAAGCACCACACACUUGGUCCUUGGGUGCUUCACGGAGGGUUUUCAUCCCAAAGCAGCUCUUCAAAGCGGCAUGGCAUUUUAAAUAAAUAAAUACACUGAAGUGCAUUGAUUUAAAAAACAACAAC